GUCGGCGUCGCUGUGAGGAGAGUUACUACUUAAAGUGACUGGAGGAAGGAAAAUGCCGAAUACACCCUGCUGUCACUGGAACGACUGUCUUCCUUCUUCAGCUUGGUCUGACCACUGAGACUAGUAGUACCUGCUAACUCCAGCUCAAUAUGAGUGACUAUUUUCCUGAUUCCAUUGGUUUUCAGACUGUAGCAUAUACUGCGGUUGCAUCCAUAACAGCUUUGCUUUUUGACUUCACCAUCACCUUCGACUCCGAGGUUCGUUUUACAUGGGGAAGAAAGUGGGGGAUCACGAGGAUAGCCUUCAUCAUUUCUCGUUAUUUGUCAUUCGUAAGCCUUGCUAUGACCGUGUAUUACUCGGUCGAGUCCACUCGUGGAGGAAUUCCCAAUCAUGGGACAUUUACUGCUGUAUAUGAUGUCAUCCGCUUUUUGAGUAUCGCUUCUGCUGGAGCCUUGCUCGUGGCAAGGACCUACGUAAUCUGGGGGUGUAAAAAAAGGUUCCUGACUGUGGCAUUGGUUUUUACCACGGUCGCCUCAACUGCGGUGUUGGUAAUGUCAAGUAUCGAUGCAAUUGAAUCUGGAGCUUCAACGCGCGGUGUAUUUGAAGAAGGACGUGACGCUAGCAUUGUUUAUGGCGUGAUAAUGUUCGGGGAGCUUACGCUGAUGUCCCUGACGCUGUACAAAUGCUUUAAAUUCCACCAAGUGGAAAAUUGUCCGCUGCUAACUACUCUAUAUCGGGAUGGCAUAAUUUAUAUGCUCUGUAUUACUCUGGUCUCGAUGGCGAAUUGUGUUACCAUUGCCGUACUACCUUCAUCAUACACUGCACUUCUUGCUGGCCCACAGCUAGUCGUGCACGGUGUUCUCGCCUCACGUAUCCUGUUCAAUUUACGAGCAUUGACUGACUUGCAGGAUGUUGCUACAAGCGAACUGGUUGUCUCGGUAGUGGUUUUUUCUCGAUCUAUGGCGUUUCAAACCCCAUCUUGUAUGGAUCAUGCAGAGUGACAUCUUACAAAUCAGUAGUGCAGCGUUCAGUGAGGCCAAUGUAAUAGACAACUACAUGCAGCGCGUGCAAUAUGUAAC